AUGGCUGCUUUCACUCAUCUCGUUCGCUUCCUAGCCAAGGAUGGCCACAUCUAUUACGGAGAUGCUAUCCUCCCGUCAGGAGUCAGUGACAUUUCGCAGACUACCCAGGCAAGAGUCAUUCAGGGUGAUAUCUUUGGUGAGCACCGAGUCACCGAGAAAGUUGCCGAUGUGCGCAUGCUCCUCGCUCCUCUGGCACGCAAGGACAUAGGAACCGUCCGCUGCUUGGGACUGAACUACGAGCAGCACGCGAAGGAGUCAAACCUGCCCAUCCCCAAGUACCCAGUACUGUUCUUCAAGCCCGUGACGUCUAUCUCCGGCCCAACGGAUGAUAUCCCAAUCGCCCAGAUUGCUCAGGAAGGCGAAGGCCUAGACUACGAGUGUGAACUCGUCAUCGUCAUCGGCAAGGAGGCCAAGAAUGUCCCCGAAAACAGGGCUCUGGAUUACGUUCUGGGUUACGCUGUUGGAAACGAUGUCUCUCACCGCGACUGGCAGAUCAAGCGUGGUGGAGGGCAGUGGGGACUGGGUAAAGGCUUCGACGGCUGGGCGCCUUUUGGACCAGGCAUCGUCUCCUCCAAGAUAAUUACCGAUCCGAAUGCUUUGCAGAUUUCCACCUCCUUGAAUGGGAAAACGGUCCAGUCCUCUUCCACCAAGGAUAUGAUUUUCGGCGUGGCCAAGACCAUCGCUUUCCUUUCCCAGGGUGUCACUCUCCUGCCCGGAGACAUGAUUUUUACUGGAACACCACAGGGUGUCGGCAUGGGCCGCAAGCCCGCGCUCUGGCUCAAGGACGGGGACCGAGUCGAGGUCUCGCUGGAAGGGGUGGGGUCUUGUAUCAACCGUGUAGUCUACGACAAGCCCAGCUCCAAGCUGUGA